ACAUGGAACUGCAUUCAUCUGAUGGCAGAAGAAAGGAAGGUGUCCCACAGAGUGCGUGGAGCCACAACACAAGGCCAGCUCUCCUACAAGGUUCGCUUCAGUGGCCAAAGACACGUGCUUCACAUGAGAGUCAAGAAGAGCUUGCUGCCCAGACAUUUUCCUGUUAUCACCGAUAAUGACCAAGGCACCAUGCAGGAGGACUACCCUUUUAUCCCCCGAGACUGUUACUACUUUAGCUACCUGGAAGGGGUUCCUGGGUCCAUGGGUACACUGGACACCUGCUGUGGGGGUCUGCAUGUCAUGCUGCAGGUGGAUGACUUCACUUACAAAAUCAAACCACUGGAGGCUUCUUCCAAAUUUGAACAUCUGAUUUCUUUGCUUGUGUCACACAACAUAUCAGCUGAGCAUGAGAAAUGUACAAUUGAAGGGAAUGAUACAAAUCAAGCAUAUGAGGAGGCAAUGAUUGCUGAGAUGCCUAGAGCAGCUCCUGUCACAUGUACUAUGUCAUAUUCUCGGCUGUCCACAUGA